AUGGCAUCCCUGAAGGCCGUGAAGCCAACCGGACUUGAAGGGCAGGCCAAGGAGCCUACCAAUGUUAGUGCCGCCAAGGGGCCUGCAAAGCUCAGUGCCACGGCGACCAAGCCAGCAGCCGCCAAGGGUGGCAUCAAGAAGGCCGAGUCAAAGCCACGGGAGCCUAAGAAGAGGGUACAACCUGCAGCUGAUGUCAUAUUGAGAUCCUUAUAA